UAGAAGGUCUUAUGAAUGAAAAUAGUUAUUGUACCUUUGUGGCCAGCCUGUUUAGCAAUGUAAAUUGAGUGAAAUGACCUCGAUCUUACGAAGCCCUCAGGCUCUCCAGCUCACUUUGGCCCUGAUCAAGCCUGAUGCGGUUGCUCACCCCCUGAUUCUGGAGGUAAGAAGGAAUCUUAAGCCUCUACUGUAUGUCCUGGGCAUGACUUCUGUUUCUGGGGCCGCAGGGCCUCUUGUGAAGACUGACAGCACAGUCCUGUGCAAGAUGCCGUGGAGGCAAAGCUAGGAGCCAUGGACUCAGACCCUAAGAAGACUAAAAAUCUACUGGAGAAUUGGGGCAGAUAAAAAUAUAAGGAUCCAAUACAAUAAGAAGAACCAAACCUCAGGACAAUGCUGUUCAUCAGCAGAUACUGAGCAACAAGUUCCUUAUUGUACGAAUGAGAGAACUUCUGUGGAGAAAGGAAGAUUGCCAGAAGUUUUACCAAGAACACAAAGGUCGUUUUUUCUAUCAGCGGCUGGUGGAGUUCAUGGCCAGCGGCCCAAUCCGGGCCUACAUCCUCGCCCACAAGGAUGCCAUCCAGCUUUGGAGGACACUGAUGGGACCCACCAGAGUGUUUCAAGCACGUCACGUGGCCCCAGAUUCAAUUCGUGGAAGUUUUGGCCUCACUGACACCCGCAACACAACCCAUGGCUCUGACUCUGUGGUCUCAGCCAGUCGAGAGAUUGCAGCCUUCUUCCCUGACUUCAGUGAACAGCGCUGGUAUGAGGAAGAGGAGCCGCAGCUGCGCUGUGGCCCUGUGCGCUACAGCCCGGAGGGAGGCAUCCACUGUGUGGCUGGAGCAGGAGACCUGGGACCGGCCUGCCACAGGCCUGGGGGUCUGUGAAGACUGGGUAGGAUUGCCGAGCCUUCUCUCGGACACCUCACAGGACCAGGGAGGCCUGGGGAUCAUGGCGCCAUCCCUGCUGGGCACCACGCCAACCUGAUGAUCUGGCUCCUCACUGCCACCUCCUCUAGAAUCUAGCUGUCUAUCUACCUCUUUUCCAGAAUGUUCAUGGGUGGUUCAGAGGAAUAAUGGCUCCUCUCUUUUCCUGAGAACACUCAUCUUUUUCAAAGAAGAGUUUGCCUAAUUGACCUGCCUGAAAAAUGCAGUGAUUCUAUAUAAGCAACAUUUGGCCUAUCUUCCUCAAUAAAAGACAGUGUUCUACUGAAUCCUCAAGGCUAGGAGCCCUACUUUAGGUGAUUUCUCUCUCUCCUUAAGUGGAGUAAUUAAAGCCGUCCUGAAGCCAAGUUUCUGGUCUGAGCUAAAUGGAGAGAACUGUGUAGAAAUCUCCCAGGAGGUUCACACCCAGUGUACAAACUGUCCAUUGCAUAAAGGCACCCAGAGCUGAGUGUGGGCACUUGGCAUAGGGCUGUAUCCUGAGGGAAGGGGCACCUUUUAUUUGAAUAAAGGUGUGUCUGCCAGCAGA